AUGGCGGCUUCCACCAAAUCUCCUUCCUCUAUUGUUCUUCUUGUUCUUCUUCUUCUUCUUUCAGUUCUUGGCUGUCCUUCAUCCAAAGCCCAUCUACUCAAAACUUGUAUGUUCGACGCUAUUUACCAACUCGGCGAUUCAAUUUCCGACACCGGAAAUCUCAUUCGUCAAAACCCCAACACCCCAUUUUCUCAUCUUCCUUACGGUGAAACGUUCUUCAACAAAUCCACUGGUCGCUGCUCCAAUGGUCUUCUUAUGAUCGAUUACUUUGCUUUGGAUGCUGGACUUCCCUUGGUGAACCCUUAUUUGAACAAAGAUGCAUUGACAAGGCAUGGUGUGAAUUUCGCAGUGGCUGGUUCUACGGCUUUGUCUUCUCAACUUCUUUCUCAAAACCAAAUCUUGUCUCCGGUCACCAACUCUUCUCUCAACCAACAACUUUAUUGGAUGUUCUCUCAUUUCAACUCCAUUUGCUACGAUCAAAGAGAUUGCAAUGAGAAAUUAAGGAAUGCUUUGUUCUUCGUGGGCGAGAUCGGUGGGAACGAUUAUAACUAUGCGUUGUUCCAAGGAAAAACUAUUCCAGAGGUGAAAGAUAUGGUGCCCCAAGUUGUUCAAACCAUAAAAAGCGCCGUUGAGAAAGUGAUAAGCUACGGAGCUACUCGAGUUGUUGUUCCUGGAAACUUUCCAAUCGGAUGUUUACCCAUCUACCUAACUGGAUUCCAAACUAAUGAUACAACUGCUUACGAUGAACUUCAUUGUUUGAAAGAUUUGAAUGGUCUGGCUACUUAUCACAAUGAUCAAAUCAAGCAAGCUAUUGAAGUGCUCAAGAGAGAGAAUCCACACACCAUAAUCGUAUAUGGUGACUACUAUAAUGCAUUGUUGUGGAUCCUUCGUCGUGCUUUUACACUCGGGUUUGAUGAAACUUCUUUGCAAAAAUCAUGUUGCGGGAUUGGAGGAGACUACAACUUCAGCCUCAUGAAGAUGUGCGGAGUUGGAGUAUCAGUUUGUUCAAAUCCAGAUGAACGCGUUAGUUGGGAUGGAAUCCAUUUAACUCAAAAGGCUUACAAAUUCAUGGCAUAUUGGCUCAUUCACGACAUCUUUCCACAACUUCAUUGCAUUGUUUGAAUUUUGUUCUA